CUUCGUCCAUCAACCACAUUAUUUUGUUUUAUCCAAAAGUUGCUCAUUCGUUACACUGGGGAAUCCGCCGGACGGCAGUGGAUGAUGCUGUGUUUGGGUUGAAAGGAAACAGAGAGAGAGAAACAUUGACAUCAUGAGCGCUUACCUGGACGCCAGCAAUGGCCCGCCGGCGGAUGAUUCGAUGCCCAGCUAUGAGGAGGCGGUCGCCGGGGGCGCGCAGCGGAAUGCAGUGAGGACACACUCCGUCUCGGGAUCAAUACAAUCCCUCAACCUCCACGACGGCACCCUCCCACCAUCAAUCCUGCGCCUCAAGCACCUCGGCCGCGCAAUCUGCCACAACGGCCCCGUCACUUCCAUCGCCGUCAGCCCCAAAGGCUACGUCGCGACCUCGCAAGACAACACGGGCACCGCACUUCCCUCCAGCACCAAGAUCUGGGACUUUUCCCAGAAACCCGGCGCCGUGGGCGCGCGCCUCGUGCCGUCGGACAUCAGCAACGACGCGCCCGUGGUCGUCUUCAGCCCGGACGGGAAGCUGACGGCCGUGGUGGAGAAGGAUGCGGGAUGGAAGCGGGAGUGGCGGGUGAAGCUCCGCGCCGGGGAGGAAGGGCGAGGGGUGCGGUGCGCGCUGAACGGUGUCGGGCGUCCCGCGGCGUUUAGCCCUGACGGGAAGAAGUUUGCGGCGGCGGACCCGUUGGGUGUUGUUGUCGUGUUUGAGGCGGCGACGAGUCCGCCGGGGAUGCCGCCUACGAAGAAGGUGGCGGGUGUGAUGAACCAUGCUGCGCCGACACAUGUUCUCUUUAUGCCGAAUGGUGCGGACCUCGUGACGCUGUCGAGGGACGGGACGGUUAGGAUAUCGGAAGCCAAGACGGGGAGGACGCUACGGCGGAUGGAGGUGGAUGGGGUUGUGACGGGGACGGGGACGGGAGCGCGGGCGUUGGGGGUAUCGCCGGAUGGGAGGGUGGUUGUGUCGGUGUGGGCGAGGGCCGUGUAUGUGUGGGAGCACGAGGCUGGGCGGGUAUCGAGCUGGGAGAUGAACAAAGUGCGGAACAACGAAGGGUGGCCGCUGGCGGUGUCACCGGAUUGUCGGUUCCUGGCGUGUCGGACAGAGGAGGGGAUGGACAUCUCGGAUGUAUACUCUGGACAGGUUCUGGCUGAAGUGACGACCGCGGUGGGGAUCGACGGGCUGGUGACGGCGGCGGCCUUUUCGAUGGAUGGGAAGAUGAUGGCCGUUGGUAGGCAUAGUGGUGUUGUUGAUGUGUGGAACUUGGCGCCCUACGAAGGAUUGUGAAGGGCCAUGAUGGGAGUUUGUGUUUUGUCUGGAACUACUUAUGACGAUGCGGGAGGGGAUGUUUUUCUAUUGGAUUCAUAUUGGAAAUAGCGAUGAAUCAGGCAAAAGUGUCAUCUUGGUCAAAAUUUACGGAAAAUCAGGGAUAUUAAGUAUACAGAUACGUAGUUGGACAUAUCGAAAACUCAUCUGAGGGAGCAUGAUACGGAG